UUCAAUUUCAAUUUCAAUUUUAAUGGCAUCUACUUCCUACUCUACUGUUAUGGCUUCUUCUAGGGACAAAGCCUGCAGCUAUGAUGUGUUUCUAAGUUUUAGAGGCGAAGAUACUCGACAUUCUUUUACUGAUCAUCUGUACCAUAAAUUAAUUCAAGCAGGGAUUUGUACCUUUAGAGAUAACGAAGAAAUUAAUAGAGGUGAAGAACUGAAACCUGAAAUUGAGAAAGCAAUCAAAGCAUCUAAGGCUUCAAUAGUUGUAUUGUCAAAGAACUAUGCAACUUCCACUUGGUGCCUUGAUGAGCUUGUGCUCAUCCUCCAGCAAAGGAGGGAGUGCCGUCAUAUUGUUCUACCUGUUUUUUAUCACGUCAAGCCCACCGAUGUCAGGAAUCACAAGAAAAAGUUCGGCAUCAAAGUCAAGAGUGCUUCAAGGUGGACAGAUCACAACGUAAGUAUGUGGAAGAUGGCUCUUAUGCAAGUUGCUCAGUUGACCGGCUUGGUGCUCACCGGGUAAAAAUUGUGCCCACUAUUCUUAUUAUCUUAUUAUUACACAUUUGGGUAA